AUGGCGGCCCCGGCCGCAGCAGCCCGCUGCAGCAGCAGCAGCAGCAGCAGCAGCAGCAGCAGCAGCAGCAGCAGCAGCAGCAGCAGCAGGAGCCGGCGCAGGAGCCGCAGGCGCAGCAGGUCGCGUCCCGCGCGCGCCCCCGCCGGCAGCAGCAGGCGGCGGCUGGGCCGGCUGUGCGUGCUGGGGAUCUGCGCCGCGCUCUGCUGCUGCUGCAGCAGCAGCAGCAGCAGCAGCAGCAGCUGGUGGGCUGCGUGGGCGCUGCGCACGGCGGAAACCCCCAACUCCCUGAGCAGCAGCAGCAGCAGCAGCAGCAGCAGCAGCAGCAGCAGCAGCAGCACGGGCUUGUACUUGACGGACGCAGAAGUGGAGAGCGCAGGAGCAGCACAGCUGGGCUUCCGCGAAGACAGCAGCUGCCUGCUGGGGACUGCAGCGCCAGCCAACCUUGCUGCAGCGCAGCAGCAGCAGCAAGUGUCUCCUUUUUUGUGGGGUUUUCACAAAGAAGACGAAGUCUUUAUGAACUCCGAGCUGCAGGCCCAUCAAACAAAAGGCCCGGAGCAGCCGGGGAGAGAAAGCCAAAGUUUUUUGUCUUUUAGAAUUCCGGAGGAGACUUUCGAGAAUGGAAAGGCUUUGCUGCGGCUCUACCUGCUGCCCCCCGACAGCAGCAGCAGCAGCAGCAGCAGCAGCAGCAGCAGCGGCACCUGCAGCAACCCCACGCUCGCAGUCACCCGCAUGCUCGACGACAGCUACCGCACCGCCCGGGACGACUCGCGGGCCAGCACGGAGCAGGUGCAGCAGCAGGUGCAGCAGCAGCAGCAGCAGCAGCAGCAGCAGCAGCAGCAGCAAGCAGCAGCAAACCAGUACGAGGAAAUCGACAUUUCCUCGCUCUUCUACGGAAAGGGCCUCAAGGGGGGGCCCCUCCACCUGCGGAUUCGGCAGCAAAGUCAGCACUGCAGCACAGACUUCGCCCCCCCCGGCAGCAGCAACCCGCCGCUGCUGCUGCUGCAGGUGCUGUCUGCUGCUGCUGCUGAUGCUGCUUACGACAGCUGGGGCCCUUUUGCUGCAUGCAGGGCCUCCUGCAGCUCCCCACAAAACCACCAGUGCCGCAAGAGGGCCUGUUUGCCGGGAGUGGGGCUUGGGGCUGCAUGCGACCCGCAGCAGAUGCUGCAGAUCAUUCCCUGUUCUGCUGCUGCUGCUGCUGCUGCUGCUGCUGCAUGCAGCUGCACGCAGCUGCAGGCCGAGGGCCUCUGCCCCCUCAACGCCGAGUGUACAGACACUGCGCAAGGCGCCGUCUGCUCCUGCCCCGGCACUUUCCGCAGGGAAAGCUUCGGCACUGAAACCAUUUGCGACCUCGGCGGGCGCUGGCGCGCCUUUGCUGCUGCCGCUGCUCAUGCUGCUGCGUGUGCUGCUGCUGCUGCGUGUGCUGCUGCUGCUGCUGCUGCUGCUGCUGCUGCAGAAAUGGUGAAUGGAACGAACAGCACAACGACAUACACGUCUUGGAGCACUGCAGCAACAGAAGCAGCAGAAGCAGCAGGCAGCAACAACAACAAACUUUGGAUUAUUAUUGGCUGCGUCGGCGGCGUGGUGCUGCUGGCCUGUGCCGUCUUUAUAGUGAUGCAGCCAAAGGGGCCCCCCCGCAGGGGCCCCAUGCCCCCCGAAAUGGCGGGGGCCCCCCAGGACUUUGGGGGCCCCUAUUGGCAGGGGGGCCCCCAGGGUAUGUCCAUGGGGUACCCUGCGGGGGCAGGGGGCCUCGGGGGGAGGCCCCUGGGGCCCCCCCGGGGCUUCUAG